AUUAUUUCACAUAGAUAUUUAACACAGCUUGUUGAUAUAAUAAUUAAAUAAUGUCUUAUAUUUGAUUAUUAAUAUUGACUACUUCAGGCUUCCAUAUGUCCAAAAGUGACUGACAGUAAUGGAAAAUAAGUCAAAACUCUGUAGUGUGUGAACUAUAAACCAGCUAGUUCCCGCCUCCUCAGCACGAGCUGAACGACUGCAGCGAGCGCCGAAACAGAGCGGCCAGAGAAACGGAGAAACUGUAGUGAGGCGUUUGUGCAAAACUGAGGAAAAACUGCAGAAAAAUAAUGGGUGUUUAACCCUCUCACCUCCCCCACAAGUGCGACGCCCCAGUGUGUGUGUGUGUGUGUAGGGACACAGGGAGAGGGAGAGGAGAAAUAGGUGCGAACUUGCGGCCCAUGUAUUGUCAUUUUAACGCAAAAUGAACUAUAUCGAUACAAGCGAUAUUAUCCCGUGUUAUAUCACGUUUAGAAAUAUAUCGAAUAUAUUCGAUUAAUAUAUUCUUAAUAAAGUUUCCCAUCAAAAAGUUUUCCAUUUAUUUGUACUUAUGUACUUCUUCCCAGAGAAUGAAACAUAUAAAUUAGAUCUUACAUAACAUGCAUAAAAUACAGUUGCUAUUAAUUCAUGUAACAUAUAUAUCUCUUAGAAAUGCCUGGUUAAACACUGUACAUCCUGAACUAUGAUAUUGUUCAGUCAAUACUGUCUGGUGCAAAUUACUAAAUAAAUAUAAUUAUUACACUGUUUGUUUUUGGAAACUCAUGAAGAGUUACACACUGGAUCUCAGUAGAAUUCAAACAGCAUCAACAGACGUUUGUGCAGGCUAAGGUCCAGAGAUUUUCUCCCAAAGAUUCAGUUCAUCUGAGACUUCUGGAGCAGGCAAGAUCUAUUUUCUUUGUUUCUUGUUCAUGUACAUAAACCAACAAAAAUCCAGCUGCCAUGGAUAUUCGCAGAGGAAAGCUCCAACUGCUGUCAUAUGGAUUGUUUCUAUCCUGUUUUCUCGUGAUGUUGUCCAUUUACGGUUGGGACUUGUCAAAAAGACUGACAGUUAAGAGGAUGGAUCAGGAGCAGGAGGAAAGAAAGACGCUUUUAGACAAAAUGUGUGAUGGUAACAGAGAGGAAUUUUCAGACGAGAGUUACCAAAAGCUGGGCCAUCUUAUUGUGGAUGAUUUGCAUGGUCUCAUCUACUGUUACGUUCCCAAGGUGGCAUGUACCAAUAUAAAGAAAAUCAUCUACGUACUGCUAAAGGGUGAACCAUAUGGUGAUCCCAGAAAUGUAACUGCAGCUGUCCAUGGCAACAGUCUACCUUUCCUAAAGACCAUGCCAAGAAAUGAGAUCAAGGCAAAGCUGAAGCACUACACCAAGUUCCUUUUUGUCCGGGACCCAUUUAUCCGUCUCAUCUCUGCCUACCGAAACAAAUUUCUGAGCAAUAACCAGUUAUUCUAUCAUGGUCCUGGCCGAUAUAUUCUCCGUCGUUUUGCCAACUAUAGUGAUCCACCAGAAACAGCAAAGGAGGCACUUGCAUUGGGCUUACAGGUCUCAUUUUACAACUUUAUUCAAUUUGUGCUGGAGAAGGGACUGAUACAACAGAGUAUGAAUGAACACUGGAACCAGAUGAACCGUUUGUGCAGCCCCUGCCUCAUACAGUACGAUUUCAUUGGACAUCAGGAAACUAUGCAAGAGGACAUUGAACAUCUACUCAAGAUCUUAAAGCUGCAGGAUGACAUUAAGGUUCCCCCUUCAUAUGUCAAUGUGACUACGAAAGAUUCUGUGAUGAAAUGGUUCAAAACAGUGCCUCUAGAGGACAGGAGGUCACUGUAUAAGAUCUAUGAGAAAGACUUUCAGCUCUUUGGCUACAGGAAGCCAGAUGAACUGCUAAAAGGUUGAGAUGUAUCAUCAGAGGGCCCCAGAGCUGAACAAUUUUGAAUAAAUAUCUAAUUGCAAUUAUUUUGACAGGAAUUGCGAUUGCUAUAUGAUUUGCGAUAUCAGAGGAAACAUAUUUAACAUGAUUACUACACUUUUCCACUACCCAGU